UAGGAUUUAUUUAUCUGUUUGUUUAGUCAGUCUAACAGAGAAAUUCCCGAAACCAAAUCAUAGUGCGCCUUUUCAGGGAAGGUCACGCGUUACGUCAUCAGCCUGCGACAGAACACGCGUGCGGGCAUGACAGCAUGGCGUGUCAGAGUAAACAGUGUACAGAGGUUGGUCAGUUGUUUACUGCAUAGUAAUUAUUUUAAAAAGAAACAUAUACCUGGUGGCAUUUAUUCGUUGUGUAAUGGAAUCGAUGUUAGCAGAAAUAUAACGAAAUGUAAAGAGUCGCGGCGGUGUUUACACACCACAGCCAGUGUUUUCAGAGCAAAGUACCGAACCAAGUUCAGCAUCAUGGAGACCAAAGAGUUAAACCCUGCAGAAACAGGGAAAGAUCCGGAACUGAGCGUGAGUGAGAGCAAAGAAGUAAAAGAAAGCUGCAAGAAAAGGAAAAGCGAAGACCUCGAAGAACACGAGAUAAACAAACGGGGUAAGAAGCGAAAGGGAAGCAAACAGGUUAAACCCGGGGAUAGGUACAUUCCUCCGCCACAGAAACGCAAUCCCGGAGUGAGUUUUAACCAAGAACACUUCGCAGAAACCUCCUACUAUUUUGAAGGAGGACUUAGGAAAGUGUACCCUUAUUAUUUCGAUUUUAAGACUUACUGCAAGGGCCGAUGGAUCGGUAAAACACUACUAGAAGUCUUCAGCAGUGAAUUCCGUGCAGAGCCAUUAAACUACUAUCAGAAAGCAGUUAAAGAGGGACGGAUUCGGCUGAAUGAAAUACCUGUGGACGACCUAAAUAUCACACUGAAGAACAAUGACUUCAUGAGGAACACUGUGCAUCGCCAUGAGCCCCCUGUUAAUGGCCAACCGCUGCAGGUCUUGGUGGACGAUGGUGAAGUGGUGGUGGUAGACAAACCCGCCUCUCUGCCCGUACAUCCGUGUGGCCGCUAUCGCCACAACACAGUCAUCUUCAUUUUGGGGAAAGAGAGAGGUCUGUGCGGCCUCCACACUGUGCACCGUCUCGAUCGCCUCACCUCAGGCAUCCUUCUGUUUGCUCGCACUCUGGAGAUGUCCAAGAAACUGGACCAGAUGGUUCGGGAUCGACAGUUGGAGAAGGAGUAUGUUUGUCGUGUGGAGGGGGAGUUUCCUGACGGCGAGGUUGUGUGUGAAGAACCAAUUCUGGUAGUCUCAUUUAAGGUGGGUCUCUGCAGAGUGGAUCCCAAAGGUAAAGACUCCCGCACAGUUUUCCAAAAACUCAGCUACAAUGGGCGCUCUAGUGUAGUGCGCUGUCUCCCACUCACAGGGCGCACGCAUCAGAUCCGCGUGCAUCUCCAGUAUCUGGGCUUCCCUAUCCUCAGUGACCCCAUUUAUGGUUCUUCUGCCUGGGGCCCAAACAGAGGCAAGGGAGGCCUGGUGGGCAAAAAUGAUCAGGAACUGUUGGAAGCUCUUAUCGAGGAGCACCGUUCCAAGGAAAGUUUGCACCUCUUGGAUAUCUCGGAUGAAGCGUUAUCAGGAAAGGACGAGUCUAAUGCAGGCACCAGUGGCGGUGCUCUAGUUAACAAUGCCCUAACAGGCAGGGCUGAAUCUCUAAACACUGCAUGUGAAGAAUCCACUAGAACUUCAAAUGACAAUGAAGCAGUAACGAAGAGUACACAGGCAAAAGAGAGCAGUUAUCACUCUGAGGCAUUAUCUGGAACUGCAGAUACAACCCACAUAGUCAGAGAUCAUUUAUGUUCAGAAUGUAAAAUUGUCCGACCUGACCCUACAGAGAAGGAGUUGGUCAUGUACCUGCAUGCAUUACGCUACAAGGGACCUGAUUUUGAAUAUUCCACACAAUUGCCUGACUGGGCUAAAGAAGACUGGAUGCAGGAUUGAAAUUCUUUUUACAUUAUUUUCUGUUCUUUAUAAAAAUUUAAUCUGUAAAAAAGAGAAUGGAAAAUGGCUGGCAUUUGGAUUUGCAUUUAAAAUUAGAACUGUGAUCAAACCUUUCUGUAAAAGGAGCUUUUAAGUAAAAAUGUAAAAUUUUCUGAAGUUAUUGAGACACUUGUAUUCUCCUUUUUUUUUUUUCUGUGAACCAGGUCAUGGCUCAGUAAAAUAGAAAUUUUUAUUGACUUUCUUAGUCACAUUUACAUAAUAGAUCAUUCUUGGUUCUUUAAAUCUGACAUCACAUAUAGACAAAACAAUUUUAGAACAGCAUGUUUCUCAAACAUGACCACUUUUUUUUUUUUUUUUUAAAUAAAUAAUUGUUACUUUUUUUUUUACAUUUGGCACUUUGUACAACAGAAAGGUAUGACAGCAUUCCAGAUGUUUUGGUUGCUGGCAUACUAAUUAAACAUUGAUCUCAGUUUAAUAAAAUGUACUAAAUGGACCAUGAUGCAGCCAUUAGUAAUCCACUUCAAUGUGUGAAUGCUUGAUAAACUGACCAGCACCACUAGUGGCACAAAUAUGGCAAAGGAUCAAUUAUUAUUUUUAAAUUAAAUGGCUUUUAACUUUUUUUUUACAUUCUAUAGUCAUUCAGUAGUUACUACUGAUUGAUAAAUGUUCAUUUAAUUUAAAAAAUUAAUUCAGAAAUGACCAAGUCUCACACAACAUAGCACCGCACUUCACAGCAAGAAACCCUGUCUUGGUAGUGUAAUGAUCGUACAACAUUCAACUGAGUGAUGGCAUAUAAAGACAAGAAUUUAAUGUGUGGAGCAGAAAAUAAUCAUGCCUAUAUUCAGAUAUUAAUUGACUGACUUGGUAGCUAUUUAUUUCCGACGAUGGUUGUACUGUAUUUUGUUAAAGAAAAAGAUCUGAACAUCAGGUAAAGUAAGUAAAACCUUGAAAAGUUUGCUUUUCAAAAGACUGUACAAAUGUUCUGACUACUUCCAUAGUUCAUAUACAGUUGGAAUAUUGGUUUGGUUCUGUCCUACCAUUCUGUGGCAUUACAAAAUUAAAUAAAAUGUAGUUUUAGUUAUAAAUUAAAACGUGUGAAUGUGCAUCUACAGCAAAUAACAUUAAAGCAACAUGUCCUGAUUAAAAA